AUGUCGCCCAUACGCUCUACUCUCCUCCGUCAAUCAGCAGCUCUCCGCUCUCUGCAACUCCAUCAACCUAUAGCAUCUUCUUCGAGGAGUAUCGUGAUACCUCCACUUUAUCGUCAACCCCUCUCAUUCCCUAGAUUUUCAGCUAUAUCAACUAGACGAUGGAAUUCUUCAUCAUCAUCAAGCAAUGCAGAUGCGCAAGAGAACCCACAGAUAGAAGCUCCCAAUGGUAAUGGUGAUGGGUCGAAGCAGAAGAUAGGUCAGAUCGAACCUAGAUUACAAAUGACAUUCACAUGUACUGCCAACGAAUGUGGACAUCGCUCGACACACGAAUUCUCCAAAAGAGCUUAUACCAAGGGACUAGUAUUGGUUCAAUGUCCUGAAUGUAAAGCUAGACACUUGAUAGCAGAUCAUAUAGGAUGGUUCAAAGAAAGUCUGGAAGGCGGAAAGCUCAAAACUGUAGAAGACCUCCUACGUGCUAAAGGCGAGAAGAUCAGAAAGGGAAGGGUGAAUAUGGAAGGUGAUAUAGAAUAUGAAGGUGAUGAUUAG